AUGGUGACACCAGCAGUGAUCAACAGGAACGAUCCACUUCUUUUGGUAGCUAAUCCAUCUCCCAAACCGGAAACGCUCUACAAAGGGCAGCACCUUUCAUCAGCUGUUCCUCUUCUUGAAGGGCGGAUCGCCCUGAAACCAAGACUCAUAUUGAUUCCUCCGAUAUUGAUUUAUCUCAUGCCGAAGUGUCUGAGGAGGAGCGUAAUUGUUGAAACCCGCUUACUGCUUUCUGUGGUUUGUGUCUUGGUAAUGGACGACUCAUCGUCUCCUCCAGACCCGGGCGCCGCACCGGACGUCGAACGCAGGUAUCCUUUGCCUUCUAGUCGCGAUGCGGCUGAUCCCACGUCUAUCUCUUUGAGUCGCGAUGCGGCUGUCACCAAGUCUAGUUCUACAUCGGCUAUAGUCGAGGAAGAGUCCGCGAUGGACACCUCCGAGACGGUUGUAUCUGGUCCUCCAACGGAGGUUGCCAGUACCACUGUGUCCUCUUCUGUUUCAGGAGCGGUUACAGAGAACACUGUGGCGCAAACUUCCACUUCGGAUGCCACCUUUUCAGCGACUUUCGCCGAGAUCGCCUCAUGUAGUAAGUGGCACUCAGCUGCGUCGUCAUCGUUUGCUGCGUCUCAGCGUAAGUUUCACAGCGAGAAGCAGCUUCCGGAAUCCAAAUCCGGCGAAGACUCGGUGUCAGCGCAAGCCAGCUCCGUCUGCCCCUACACAGCCCAAAGUUCAACGAUGCGACGUCAUGGUACACAAUCAAUGAACUAUUUGUCUUCACCGCCCGCUCAGGAUCAUUUUGAGCAAGCAGGUCAUCGUCUCCGUGCUCCAGUACGCAAACGAUUC